AUGAAAUUUUCGUCUCGUUAUGCACUUGUCGUCAAAGAAGCCUUCACAUGUAUGAAAAAUGCAAAGAUUAACAUUGUUAUGUAUAAAAACUCCUCGAAUUUGGCUAAUGGUAAUUUUGGGUACAUCGAAUUACUAGAAGCAAUUGAACCAAAUAAUAACUUUCAGGUGAACAUUGAAAGCCACCACAGAGGCAUAAGUAAUUCGGUCAGAAUGCCUUCAUUAAAUGUCCAGAAAACAGAUGUUUGUAAUUUCAUAUCCACAGAUUUGUUAUUUGUACCAUUAAUUAGACGGAUUUUUGAUUUAGAAAAAUUCUGUCCCAUUGCCAAAGGUAAACACAUUGUUUAUAAAGAUACAAUUGUUUCAAAGUAUCGGCCUUACAUUCCACUGGGCUGCUGGAUGAUUAUAACUAAAAUCACGAAAAAAGAAUCAACAUUCACAUGUUUAAACCUUACUCUUCAAUCAUUGCCAUCAAUGAAAUCGGAGCCUUACCAGUGUACAUAA